AUGCCUUGCUCUGCAGUAACUUUGUCUAUAGCGACCAUUACGGCAAUCGUGGCUGCUGCCUUAAUGGCAAUAGCGUUUUCAACGGAUAACUGGCUUUACAUAGAAGUAAAGCGGAGCAGUAUACAGGCUUAUGCAGCGCAGAACACGGCAGGCAACUCUCAGGCUAUUCUAGACAGUCUGAACAACAAGUACUAUUUCUUCACGAGAACGAGGGGACUAUUCCGCAUAUGCUACCCCAAGGAGCGUCCGCCUACAGUGGAGAUCUACCUGUCACCUGUGGAGACUCACUGCAGCAACGUAGACUAUUUUAUACCCGACGAAAAUAACGAGACCAAAGGAUUUUCCGACGAUGCGAUGAACAGGUUACAUAUGGCGCGAUCAACGGUAGCACUGUUUAUUGUAGCCUUCCUGUCACUCUUCAUAGCGUUCUGGACUGGCGUAGUCGGCUGCUGGAAGCGCAGUCCAGGGAACGUCACCGCUACUGCCAUUCUCAUGCUUGUUACAUGUUUAUUAGCAGCCGGUGCAAUGGCCCUGUGGCACGGAGUCGAGUUCUAUGAGAAGGAGAAGGCUGUCGGAGAGGAGUACUAUCAACAAUGGCCCAGCAUAUUACGUGAAAACGCGCGCGUUUGGUAUGACUGGUCGUACAUCGUGGCGUGGUGCGGCGUGGGGCUCGCGCUGCUGUCCGCCAUCUUGUUCUCGUCGGCGGCCAUUUGCUUGCGCGGCGAGAGGGAGAGGGAAGAGGCGCUUAACAUGCAGUACCUCAUGCCCGUGUAUCCACAAAAGCAGCAAUAUGCGUACGCCGGCUACCCUCCUCCCCAAGCUUACCCAGGGCCGUACUACCACGGGUCCCAGUACGGGCCCUACAACUACUGA